AUGACAUUCGGUUUGUAUCCUGGAGUGGGUAUACUUGCAUGUUUCCCGUUUUCCUUUUCUACUGUACUCAUCGCAAACAAUGCCUCGGCUUUGGAAGACAUCAAUUGUUCGAUUCCGAGAUACCCACCAAUGGAUGGCGAAAUUCGCGUCUUCUUAGCUGAACAAGUUAUAGCCUUAUUGAAAAUGGCCACGAAUUACACCUGCAAACUGGAAAAGUUAGCUUUUGUCUGGCUUCUAGACAUAUAUCAUCGCGGCACAACUUACGACGGGCUGAAAGCAUACUUUGAUGAAGCAAAUGCUUCUGUGCUGGAAGUCUCUCAAGCAACCUUCUCGUUCACUAAGCGUGGAACGGAACUUCCCAAAAAGUUGAAGUUGAAACCUCAUUUGGACGCGGUGGGUUCCGAGAAUCUCUUUACCUCAGUUUUGCGCUGUUAG